CGGCGUCGAAGUUGUGAAACGUCUCAUCAAAACUGUUUGAGUGUGCGCAGAAAAACGUUAUAAUCCAACAGCAAAGAAUCGUAGAACACAUCCCCACCACAGAACGCCGAAUUCUAUUCUAGGUUUGAAACCACCGCAGAAAUAGUAGUCAGCGCCAACCGCCAAGCAUUUUGAAUUAAGCUUUUGGAGGUACAAGACUGUGUUUUCAGUGUUUGUGAUUUUAUUGCCAAAAAUGUCUAAGAAAAACGGAAAUACUUCUCUUCUACAAGGGGCUGAAAAGCCUAUUAUAGCCCAAUUAGACCAGAAAAAGGGUGGUGUUAACACAGUAAUUAUGACUAAUUUUAAGUGUGACCAAAAUCAAGUUCCUACACAAUCUGCAAAUGGGUCCACUGUACCUUUGGUGGAUACCAGGAAAGUUGAUCCAGAAGUCGGAGACUAUGAUCCGUUUCAACACAGAGCCAAUCUGCCGCAUCCAACAUCGGACUUGGAUACGCUCAUCCAUCUUCUUAAAGGAUGUUUGGGAAGCGGUAUCUUGGCCAUGCCAUUAGCCUUCCACCACGCCGGCUUAUUCUUUGGUCUCAUAUGUAUGUUCAUCAUUGGUAUAAUUUGCACCUACUGCGUUCAUAUUUUGGUCAAAAGUGCGCACGAAAUCUACAGGCGGCAAAGGGUUUCAGCUCUCGGUUUUGCCGAGGUUGCAGAAGCUGCUUUCCUCAUCGGACCGAAAGGUUUCCAUCCCUGGGCUAAAUUUGCCAAAGCUAUGAUUAACUUCUUUUUGGUGGUAGAUCUCAUAGGCUGCUGCUGUGUGUACGUAUUAUUCGUGGCAAAGAACCUCAAGCAAGUGGUAGAUGGUUACACCGACGUCGAAUACCAUUAUGACGUCAGGAUAUACAUGGCUGCCUUGUUACCAUUCUUGAUCUGCACUAAUCUUAUCAGAAAUCUCAAAUAUCUCGCACCAUUAUCCAUGGUCGCUAAUGUCUUAGUAGCGGUAGGCCUUGGUAUUACUUUCUAUUAUAUAUUUAACGGUCUACCACCACUCAGUUCCAGACCUCAUUUUGCUAGUGUUUCUACUUUGCCUGCCUUCUUCGGCACCGCCAUUUUCGCUUUGGAAGGUAUUGGUGUAGUUAUGCCAUUGGAGAAUAACAUGAAAACUCCAGGUCACUUUAUUGGAUGUCCCGGCGUGCUCAACAUUGGCAUGUUUUUCGUUGUGAUCCUAUACGCAUCUGUCGGAUUCUUUGGAUACUUACGCUAUGGAGAUGAUGUCAAAGUUGGAAGUAUCAGCUUGAAUCUUCCCGACGAACCAUUGGCCCAAUCAGUGAAGGUGAUGAUUGCCGUUGCGAUUUUCUGCACGUACGCUCUACAGUUCUACGUACCUAUGGAGAUAAUCUGGAAGGCGGUAAAGAAUAACUUUAACCGAAAAACAUUGGCAGAAUACAGCAUCAGAGCCAGUUUAGUAAUCGUAACAGUAGUUAUGGCCAUUUUAAUCCCUAACUUGGGAGCCUUCAUCUCGCUAGUAGGUGCUGUAUGCCUGUCCAUGUUGGGGCUUAUAUUUCCAAGUAUCAUCGAAUUAGUUACGUUUUACGAAGACCCAGGUUUGGGUCGUUUCAACUGGCGGUUAUGGAAAAACAUGUUCCUGAUCAUGUUCGGUCUUUUGGGUUUCGUUACGGGAACCUACGUCAGUAUACAAGAAAUUAUUCAUGGUUGAGACAUUCUACCGUUUUUCAGUAUUUCUACAGUCGACUUCGCAGGGAGUCUCAAUUACAAAGUUGGUUUUCCAUUCCGGCUGGAACCCGGUUGUUUCUUCGACCAGAGAUUACCUGAAUAUGUUAUCUUUUCAAUGGUUUUAUCUCUUUAGAUAUCAACAGAGGAAACAGUCGGUAAAAUAGGGACCGUUUUAUAAAUAAAAGAAUAGUUUUUAAACUGUUAAUGAACCUAAGUAAAAGUACCGAUAUAGAAGCAGUUUUCGAUAUAAUUGAAUAAAAGGAUAUAAAAAAUCGAAUAUUUAAGUAUUAAGUAUUUUGAUUUCUUUCAAUUAAUUUAUAAAACAAACUUUAUAUGGCAUCUUAAAUAUUAGUAAAAAUUCGAUUAACUAUGAGUGUGCAUCCAAGAUAAUUAAAUGAAUAAACGCUCCAUCAUGUCGAAUUAUUAAGUAUGUCCCUUUAUUUUCUGGUGUAGCACUUUUUUAAGUGCUAUAUUAAGUCAUUCCUUUGCAAGGUGUAGUGCUAUACCACUCCAAUGUUCCAUUGAAAAGUAUCUCGACUUUAAUGGGUUUCCCAUAAUUUCUGAUAAACAGUUAAUGUCUUUACCAAUCUAACUAGUAUUUUGGAUAUACCCAUAAUAAGCUUUCAUCUAGUUUUUUUCUGUUUAUGGUGUCAAAGGCUUGUUUGAAAUCAAUAAAUAGACUGUUUAUGUCGAUGUUACAUUCGUGGCUCUUUUCUAACAAUUGCCUUAGCAAUUGUAUCUGAUCACUAGUAGAUAGGUUUGUCUACAAACAGUGUUAAUUUGUUAUAUAAGAGAAAAUAAACCACUUUGCAUGAUAUGUUUAUUAACAUAAUUCAUCGCUCUUUACAUCGACAUGUAAUAGACUUUCAUCUCCAUAUAAUUCCACCUCUAUUGCAGUAUUAUACUGUUAGAUUUGCUUUGUUGCCCAGUUUACUUAUAUAUUUAAUUUUUUUGCUUACAUGACCAUUGCUAAUUCUUUGCUUCACGUUGGCAAUGACUAAGUGAUCAGAGUCGCAAUUUAUUUCACUAUUUGGUUUAUAGUCUUAUUGGAACAUAAACUAACACAUAAUUUUUCAUAUUUUAUAAAGCUCUAAUGGUAAAAUAUUUUAGGCAAUUUGCACCUCCCAUCUUAAUCAUCCUAAUUACCAAUUAAACCAUUAUUGAUCUUACUCUGACAGGUUUCUGACGAAAUACUCAAAUUUUUGAACAGCACUAAAUUUCUUGUUAUCCAUUACCUUAAAAAAUGUAAAAAUUUAAAAGCACGCAAUGUAGCAUAUAUUCAACAGUUAUAUUUUUAUAAAAGAUGGCGUAUGUAGCAUAUACGCAACAGACAUUUAAAAAUACUUAAAGAUUAAAUUAUGAUGAUUUUAAACAUAAGUGUAGUAAAAAUAAGCUAUGCUUGCUUAUUUUUUUCUAUAAAAGUCAUAAGCAUGAUCUAUACAUUUAUGAUUCUCAAAUUCACUCACAAAAUUUGGCAGAGUUACCACCUGUUAUCCACAGUGGUCACCGUUAUUAUUUCAUUACUUUUGUGUUAAAUGCGAUAUAUCCUAGAUAUUGAAUUAUAUUCGAAAAUAGCGUUAAAGCUAUCAGUUUCUAUACAUUUAAAAUAUAUAUCAUUACUAGAAGUAAGAAAUAUAUUAUAUAAUAUGUAUAUGUGGAACUUGGUUAUAGGGUUAUUAAAGGGCCUAGUAAAAAAAUGACGCUAUAUGAGAGUGACGUUAUAAAAGAGGGUAGAAAAAAUGAAAUUUUAACGAGGCAAAAUUUGUUGCAGCAUUAUUUACUGCAUUUAGGAUAAAAAAAAUUAAGAAAUAAAGCAUAUCGUGUAUACGAAAAUUACAUUUUUGAUGAAAAAUUUCUCUAAUGCUGAAAAAAGUCCGUUAUUAUCUUCUGCACAAGACUUUCCGAAAAAUAAAGCUCUUGUGUAGUAUCCUAAUACUCUGAGCUGCUUCUUUGGUAGUUGUGGAUGCCUCCCUGAACUGGUAAAACCUGGAUAUGAUCUCAGCAGCUCUCAUUGCUUCUUGUAUUGCUAGACAAUUAACGCCAUCUUCUUCGUUUUCUUUAUUAUCUUCAUCAACCUCCAUUUCCACAUUUGUUCCACAAUUUCUUUAUCACUUAAAACUUGAAAUGUUUCUACCUGAUCAUGCACUGAAAUGUAGGAGUCAAGAUCAGUUCCAAACUCUCUGGUUUACAUUAAAUUUUUUUAUCUACUCUAACAAAGGCAUUUCGUCAUCCUUGUCAACAUCCAGAACAUUGGGAGAAACUACAGUCAAUUUAGCUUGACGAAACCACUUAAAAAUUAUCACUGACAUAAUCGCACUCUACGCAUUGUGUAAAAACUGAAUUGCAACAAAGAUGGUAAUGUUCACGGGUUCUUCCCCAAUAUUCAUCAUCCUUUUCAAAAACUGUUUCCGAUAAUGGCACUUUAAACUUUUUAUGACUCCUUGGUCCAUAGGCUGCAAGACACUCGUGCGGUUGCCUGGCAAGAAAACUAGGCUGAUAUUGGUCAAAUUAGGCUUUGGAUGGGCACAGUUGUCAACUAAGAGAAGAAAUUUUUUUGGCACAA